AGUCUUUGCUCUCCAGCUGAUGACGCGGCGUAGCAAAAACGGGAACAACGCGACAACAAGCGCAGUGGUUUGCGAUUGAGCGGUAGCGUGUGGCGUUUUUCGUUUUCCAGUGGAAGCAAAAUAGACUCCCCCAUUUCCGUCUUUAAUACAAAAAAGGACCAGAAUAGUGACAUUUCAUUAAAACUGGGAUUUCUGCAUUUUUAGAAAAGCGGAAUUACAUUAAUACAUCAAAAAUGAGCAAUUUGGAAGAAGCUGAACUACAACUUUCUGAAUUAGAUUUACUUUCUAGUAUGUUUCCUAAUGAAGAUGACUUUAAGGUGACUGAUCAGUUGGCUUUAGCAGAACUGAAAGAUUAUGUUGGAAAAUGUACUUUAGAAGUGCCAUCUUCGAAAAUACAAUUCAUCUUAUAUUUAGAUGUAGAAACUCCUGAUGAAAAUAAGGUACCACUUACUUUGUGCUGUGCUUUCCCAUUAAAAUAUCCAACUAUUCUUCCAGAAAUCACUAUAAGAUCUCCAUUGUUAAGCCGAUCACAGCAAGCUCAGAUGAAUGCAGAUCUCAUUACUUACUUGAAGAAACAUUGUGCUGGUGAUGUUUGCAUAUUAAAUGCAAGAGAAUGGGUUAAAGACCAUGCUGCCAUGUAUAUAAACAAAGGACCCUUACUGUCUACUGUUGAGAAAUCAGAUUUUCAGAAAUCAGAAUGUAUUCUCACUAGACUCUGGAUUUACAGUCAUCAUAUAUAUAACAAACAGAAAAGAAAACAUAUAAUUGAUUGGUCUAAGGAACUCUCUCUUUCUGGAUUCAGCAUGCCUGGAAAACCAGGCAUCAUUUGCGUAGAAGGACCACAAAAGAUGUGUGAAGAAUUUUGGGCAAGAAUAAGAAGAUUAUCAUGGCAGCGAAUUUUAAUCCGUCACAGAGAAGACAUUUCCAUAGAAGGGACUGAAGCUGAAAUGGAGAAAGAAAAGAAGUUUUUGAUUUUUGAAGAAAAAAUAUUUGAUGCACAUGGUGCUAGAGGGAAUCACAUGGAUUUGGGACAAUUGUAUCAUUUUUUAAUUGACAAGAGUUGUGGUGAAAUAUUUCAACUCUAUUUUGGAGUUGAAGGACAAUAAAUUAAGGUGGGAAAAGCAUUAAGGAUCUAAACUAAGGAUGUAGAUUUUUUUCUUUUUAUUUUAUUGAAAGAAUAGAAUUCUAAAAGUUGUAUUUUAUACUUGAAAAAUAAAUCAAUGGAAUUGAAA